AUGCCCCCUCCCCUUACAAAUAAAUCUGGAGUCUUGAAGGUUAUCGAACCAGGACUUCUAGUUCUUCUAAACGACACUAAUGGUGUCAUCAUAUGGUCUUCGAAUACAUCACGACCUGUGAAAACUGCAGUUGCAAAAUUGCUGGACUCGGGAAACCUCGUCGUGAAAGAUGCAAAUGAUGAUGACCCAGUGAACUUUCCAUCGGAGAGUUUUAAUUAUCUGACUGAUACAUUGUUACCAGGUAUGAAGCUCAGUUGGAACUUUAUAACUGAUUUAGAGGUCUAUCUAUCAAGUUCAGGAUAUUUUACAUUUCACUGUGAUGGUCUGCAGUGUGUGCAUAUCUACUGGUUAUCCGCAAAAUAUUUUGAAAAAAGGUCAGUUAUCUCAAGGUUUACAUUGAGUCCGAGUGGAGUUGUCGAGCCCUGGACAUGGAUAGAUCAAAAACGUCAAUGGGUAGUUUACCUGACUGCUCCAAUAGAUAAUUGUGAUACUUAUAAAUACUGUGGUGCAUAUGGUAGUUGCAAUAUUGCAAAUUCUCCUGCUUGUGGACGCCUUAAUAGAAAGCUUAUCCCAAAAACACACAUAUCUUUGAAUUCAAAGGAAGUAGAAUACUUGAAAGGACGGAAAAGAGAAAUUCUACUAGUAAAUUUUAUUGUGUAUGGGAAUAAUUCUGCUGGGUCUGAGUAUGAUUCUGUAUGCGGCCUUGGACAAAACUUUAUAGACAAUCACCAAGAUGAAAGGCAAAAUAAAGACAUAGAGCUAUCACUGUUCAACGUACAUACAAUAACUAAAGCUACUGAUAAUUUUUCAAUUAACAAUAAGCUUGGAGAGGGUGGGUUUGGACCUGUUUACAAGGGGUGGCUGGAGGAGGGGCAGGAAGUUGCUGUCAAACGGCUAUCAAGAACUUCAAUUCAAGGAUUCGAUGAGUUCAAGAACGAAGUCAUUUGUAUAGCUAAACUUCAGCAUCGAAAUCUUGUGAAGCUUUUGGGGUGCUGCAUUCAAGGAGAGGAAAAGAUGUUAAUUUAUGAAUACUUGACUAAUAGAAGUCUGGAUUUGAUUUUAUUUGAUCCAAUGAAAAGUGCAGUUCUUGAUUGGCCGAAGCGCUUCCACAUUAUUAAUUGCGUUGCCAGGGGCCAUAUGUAUCUCCAUCAAGAUUCACGUCUCAGAAUAAUCCAUGGAGACCUCACAGCCAGCAAUAUUUUGCUAGAUUCUGACAUGAAUCCGAAGAUAUCAGAUUUUGACUUGGCUAGAAGUUUUGGAGGAAAUGAGACUGGAGCAAACACGAGCCGAGUAGUUGGAACAUACGGUUACAUGUCACCAGAAUAUGCAGCAGACGGAGUUUUCUCAAUAAAAUCAGAUGUAUUUAGCUUUGGUGUUCUAGUGCUUGAGAUAGUGAGUGGCAAAAGAAACAGAGGGUUUUCUCACAGAGAUCACCACCACAACCUUCUUGGACAUGCAUGGAGGCUUUAUAAAGAAGGUCGGUCUUUGGAACUUGUCCAAGCAUACCCUGGUGUCUCGGGCAAUUUAUCAGAAGUUUUGCGAUUAAUUCAUGUGGGAUUGCUAUGCGUUCAACAAUGUCCAGAAGAUAGGCCAAACAUGUCUUUAGUAGUGCUAAUGUUGGGGAACGAAGGUGUACUGCCUGAUGCUAAAAAACCUGGUUUCUUCACAGAAAGAGAUUUGCUUACUGCUGAAAGUUCAACCAGCACAAAUGCCGCAUGUUCAAUGAACGAAAUGACCAUUACCCUUCUGGAUGGAAGAUAAAUAUAUAUGUUACAUUAGUUGUCCUCUUUUUGCUUAU